GAUGUCACAGAGCUCAUGACAUCAGAGGUCCGCUGGAAGGGAAGGGAGGAAACGGUGCUGGGAAAGGGAAAGGGCCGGGACAGCGGACAGGGGAGGGAGCAGGGGGGUGACCAGCUGGGCACUGGGACGUGGGAAGACCGACGGCAGGGGCUGGGCAGGCCCAUGAGUUCCUCGGGCUCCCAGCUCUGCAGGGCAGCAUUCCUGGGCGCCCUCCUGCUGCUGCUGCGAGUCAAGGGGGUGAAGACCCAGAGAGGGAGCCCAGGCCUAGAUGAGAGGAGUCAGAAAGAGAAGACACCCUCUACAGACCAAGAUCGAGAACAGUUCGAAGAGCGCUUCAUGGCCUCCUCGGUGGGCGAGAUGUGGCAUGUGGUGGACAUGGCCCAGCAGGAGGAUGACAAGACCUCGGAGGUGGCGGCGAUCCAUGAUCACCUGUUUGACUUCGCCUUCUGCUUUAACCUGGCCAGCAUCAUGGUUUUUUUAUGAGGGACAUUGAGGCGGAGGUGGUGGCUUGGUUUCUGGAUGAGGACCUGGACAUCUACCUCCGCUUUAUGAUAGCUUACUGACCUUCUCUCCCCGGGGCUCCAGGGUGCUUCUCCCAAGGGAGACGAACACGUGGCUUUCUGGCUCCUGCCAGCGGCCCUCUCCCUGGGGUCACAGCAUCAGAGAGACACCUUGCUGGCCUGUGGGCCACCCACGGCCACUGCCCACCUGCCUCCCCACGCUCUGAGUGCCAUCUCCAAGAGCCAAGACACCAGACCCCUGCCCUUCUCUCCCCUAGCCUCUCCCGGCUCUAUUCAACAGACCGGGGAGAGGAGGCAGCAACAAUAAAAGUGAUAUCAAUCAACUCCUGUAAA